CAGUCCAGCUCCUGUAUUCGACCACGUCCAAGUUGUUCGAGAAGGUCGACAUGGUUUGCCCUCCGCCUCGCGUGCCUGCUCAGUGUGUGAGAACGAUCUAAUGCGAGCACUGCGCGUGCCAGUGAUAUCAAUGUGGUCGUGUCGAUGACAAUCGUCCAGUGAGGGGCUCGCCUACAGCUUCUCGAGAGAUCGCAAUUCGCGACGGUGCCGCAGGCCGAGCUGCUGGUUAUGCCUUCGCCCUGAAUUCGGCCGAUCCGUUACGGCGUAACUCGUUUCUCGAUGGACGGCGGUCGCAGAGGGGCGAAGAAGCCAGCUCCGAAGAGCAAGCUGGUCGUCAGCCGUGCCAAGCAUUCUUCCUCCGCCGAUUCCGCCUCCCCCACAUCCACCACUCCAUGGAGUUCUCCGCCGAUGGACCCUCUCCCCGCACCCCCCCGCCGCAGCCCAGAUUCCUCCGCGCGCCCACUCCAGCUAGGGGGGCGCGGAGGCCAAGCGGGCAGUGGCGGAGGAGCUGGUAGGCUGAGCGGGGGCGGGGGCGGGAUAGGAGUGGGCAAUAAGAGGCGGUUGGUCGCGCUGGCGUGUAUGGCGCUGCUUGUGAUCGGCCUUGCUGGGGGCGUGUACUGGUUGCUGCUGGGGCAGCAGGAGGGAGCAGAGAAGAACAGCCUCUCGAGAAUAGGCGAGCAGAAGGUGGACGAAGGGGACGAUAGGAAGGCACGAAGAGAAAGUGGGGGGAGACGUGGGAAGGGUGAAGAGGGAGCGGAAGGGGAGGGGGAGAGAGGUGAGGGUUUUGCGGAAAGGAGAGGUGAGGACGGAGACGAGAGUGGGGAGGAAAGGGAGGGCGACAAUGGGGACACUGGGGAAGGAGAGGAGCUUGGGGGGGGAAGAAAUGGUUCAGAGAUGCAAGGAGUCGAAGAAGCGGAUGAGCUAAUAAUGGGGAUGGGAGGGGGCGAGAGGAGCAUGAAAAGAAAGAAGACAGGUGCGGAGAGGGGAGGCAGAAAAGCGGAGAAGAGAGUGGUGGAGGAGGUUGAGAGUGACAUGUAUGAUGGGGAUACGGGAGACGGGAGAGAGGGGGGGGAUGUCAAGGAGGAGGAUGGACGGGAAGAGGAAGAGAGGCGGGCUAUGGCGAACGAAGAGGCUAGACACAGGGGUGCUGCUGAGGUGGAAGAGGUGGUGGAAGAUGACCGGGAGGGAGGAGAAGGGGAGGAGAGUGGCGAAGAGGGUGGGGAAGAGAGCAGAGUAGAGCACGAGGAGGGCUUUGGUGCGAGGGCGAGAGGGAAGAGAGGUGGGGAGGAAAGGGAGGAAGAGAGGGAUGAGGACGGGGAGCGGGGUGAGGAGGAGGUGGACGGGAAGGGGAGGCGCAGAGGCGGUGUGGGUGAGGAAGGAUUGAGCGAGGAGGGAGAGAGGCUAGGGAGGGAUGCUGGUGAGGAAUUUGAGUCUUCAGCAGGGGGUGAGGACGAGGAAGGUGGAACCAAGAGGAGAGGCAAACGGGCAACGAGAAAGAGGGCUUUAGAAGGUGAAGAGGAGGAGGAAGGAAGCAGUGGGAGGAGGAGGGAGAUGGAAGAGGAUGGCAGGGACUAUGGUGCUGAGCAGAGCGCGACUGAAGAGAGGAAAGGAAGGGGCGGUAGGAGUGGAGAAGGUGGGGACGAGGAGGAAGGGGAAGCGGCGGAGGGGAGUGGGGGGAGAGAAAAGCGAGUUGGUCGAGCCAAAGAGGAAGAGGAGGAGGAGGAGGAGGAGGAGGAGGGGGGCGAGGGAGAAAUUGGGUCUGUGCGUUCAAGGAAGAAGAAGAGAAGGGUGAGUCGGAGGGAAGAGGAGAGAAAUGAAAUGGAGGGAGAGGGAGGAAGGGAAGUACGGCGCGAAGAGGAGGGAGGAGGAAGCUACAGAGAGGGUGGUGUGAGAGAGAAAAAGACACGGGUUGGGUUGCGUAGCACCUCUGGGAGGAAGGUAAGAGUGAGAAAGAAAGGGAAAGGGGCGUCUGGGGCUGGAGAUACGGACUUAGCAGCCCUAGAGCAGCAGCUAGACGAGAUGGACGAGAUGAUCCGAGAUGCUGGGGGGGAGAAGGAGGCGGAGGGGGAGGGGGAAGGUGAGGGGGAGCGGAAGGGGGAUGAGAGGAGAGACGAGGAAGGGGAAGUGGAGAGACGGACGGAGAGAGGUGGCGAGAGGGGCAUGCGUGCUAGUGGGGAGGGACGUGUGCGUGUGGGUAAGCGAAGGAAGGGAAGGGAGAGUCAAGGGGGUGAGGAAGGGGAGGUGGAGGAAGAGGGAGAUGAGGAGGUAGGGAGACAGGAUGAUGGGGAGAGGAGAGGAAGGGGCAUGCUGAGAAGAGGAAAGGGAGAAGGGAAAGUGCAAGAGAAGAGAGUGAGAGAGGAAGCGGAUGAGGCUGGGGAGGAAUAUUCUAAAGAGAAGGAAGGAAGGGAAGAAGAUGAAAGUGUGAAAGAGGAGGAAAGUGGGGAAGGCCGGAAAAGAGAGAAAGUGGAGGGAAGAGGGAAAGAGGACGAGAGAGAGAAGGAUGAAGAGAAGUCUGCAAAAAGAGCAAAGGAGGAGGAAUCAGAGGAAGAGGAGGAAACACGGGAAAAGGACGACGCACAGGAAAGUGAGGAAACAGGGGAGGAGGAGGACAGCAAGAAAGGAGUGCAAGUGCGAGGAGAGGGAAGUCUGAGAAAGAAGGUGUCUGGAACACAGGAGAGUGAGAGAGAGGAGAGUGAGGGAGGAGAAGAGAAGGAAACAGUGAUGAAGGGGAAAGGAAGUCGUAAGGACGAGGAGGAAGAGGAGAAUGGGGAGGAUAAAAACUAUCGGAAGGGAAAGGUAGACGAAGAAGCAGAAGAGGGUGCUGGGGAAGGAGAAGGGGCGCAAGGUGGCCGUGCGCGUGGUGUGCAUAGCGCAGUGAGGAAUGGGCUAGUGAGUGAGAAGGGGCAAGGUGUAGAGAGUGAGGGAGAGAGCGAGGGAGAGAGCGAGGGGGAGAGCGAGGGAGAGAGCGGGGGAGGGCGCAAUGCAGCAGGGGAGGAUGAUGAUGGUGAUGCCGCUGUAAGUAAACAAUUCGUGAAGCGAGGUGGGGGGAAGGGAAGGAGCAGGCAUGGGGAGAGCGAGGGAGGGGGAAUGGAAAAUGACGAACCGGUGGAGGGUGGCAGUGAGAGGGCAAGCGCAAAGGAACGAGUGAGGGGAGAAUCAGAUGAGGAAGAGAAAGAAGUGCUGAAGGUGAAGGGAGGAGUGGAGGAGGGAGGAGCGAAGGAGGUGGUGAGGGAGGAGGAUCUGGAGCAGCUGGGCGUGCAGCGCAGCCGAGUGAGGGUGUCGGAGCAGCCCCGGGUGGUGGAAGACGCAGACCAGGCUGCUGUGGCCGAUACGCAGGUGGAGAUGGUGGCAGGGGCGCGGGGGAAACAGACGGUGGGAGGACGUGGGGGGGAAGAGGAGGAGGAGAAGACGAGUGAAGUCACUGAGAGGAGUGGGAGGAGGGGAGAGGAUGAGGCAGGAGAUGGUGAAAGGGAGGCGGAAGAGAAGGCUAGUGGAGAGGGUGUGAAGGAUGAGGAUGCAACAGAGGAGACGAGGGGGGAUAAGAGAGUGAGCAUGAGGGUGGGGAAGAGCAGUGGUGGAGGAGAGGACGAGGGUAAUGAGGGUGAUGAGAAGGUAGGGGGGAAAGGGAAUGAGGGAAGGGAGAGUGGUGGGGAGAGGGACGGAAAUGAGGAAAAGGGCAGAGAGGAAGUGGACGAGGAACAAGGCACGGAGGAACACAAGGAAAGGAACAAAGGCAAGGAGGUUGACGAGGAGGAGGAGGAAAAAGGGAAAGAGCAGGGCAAGGAACGACAGCAGGCAGGAUUGAGUCAGGCAGUGCAAGAGCAGGCUGAUGGCGAUACAAGGCCGAAGCGUGAGACAGCGCAGCGUGAAGGUGCUGAUUCCGAGAAAGGAGCAGCAUUGGAGAAGGCUGGUGAGGAGGGCCUGGUUGGACGUGGGAACGAGGGUGUGCUGAAAACUGAGGAAGGAGGAGGAGGAGGUGGUGAGGUGAACGAGGAAGAGAGUGAAGGGACAGAUCAGGCGAACGGGAAGGGGAAGGAGAGAGAUGCAGAGGAGGAGGGAGGAGCGAAGGAGGUGGUGAGGGAGGAGGAUCUGGAGCAGCUCGGCGUGCAGCGCAGCCGAGUGAGGGUGUCGGAGCAGCCCCGGGUGGUGGAGGACGCAGACCAGGCUGCUGUGGCCGACACACAAGUGGAGAUGGUGGCAGGGGCGCGGGGGGCACAUGGCAGAGAGGAGGAGGAGAGGAGGGGAAAAGCAAAGGCGAGAAUGGGAGGGGCGGUAAGGGAUAGAGAAGGAGAAGCUGAAGAGGGCGGGAAGGAGGUUGUGGCCAAGGCAGUAGGCAGGGAAGAGGUGGAAGAUAAGAGUGUACCGGAGAAAGAGUCGGCUAGUGCCAGGGUGAAGGAGGAAGAGGCGGAGGAGAGAAGGGAAACUGGCGAUUCGGUUACAAGAAAAGGAGAAGAGGAGGCUGAUGCGGGGUUGGAGGCUGAGAAGACAGCGAAGAGGAGUGGGUCGGAGAGUGGUGAUGAUGUGAGUGGUGGCGGCAAGGGCAUUCGUGAAGUGGUGGAUUCGGCAAGCAAUGAGGUGCUCACAGGGGGCGAAGCAGGGAGGAUGGAUGAAGCCACAAAGGAGCCACCACCACAAGCACCAGCGGCAGCAGCAGCAGCAGCAGCAGCAGCAGGAGCAGCAGGAGCAGGGGGCGCAGGGGCAGGGGCAGGAGACGGAGGAGGUGGAGGGGCAGGUGAAGCAGGGGAUGAGUCGGCGGGUGGCAUUGCAGUGGGAGCAGCUGGAUCACCCAGCAGCCUCCAUAGCAAUACCAGUGGCAGUGCCUCGGGAUCUCCUGCGUCUGCAGAGCACAAAGGGGUUGACAGUGAUGGGGGGAGUGGGAAUGAUAUCCGGGAAGGGGGAGUGGGAAUGAUACCAGGGAAUGAUACUUCUAGUGCCGUUGCUGGUGCUGAGAGUGAGGGAGGGAAGGGGGUUGAGGAGAGUGCGGGCAACCCUGCAGCGGACGCGCCAUUGGCGUCUGUUGCGUCUGCUGCUGAUGCUUCUAGUGGUCUUUCUCUGCCCCCGGGCGGUUCCAUGGUUGGAGGUGCGUCAGCUGCUGCUGGUGGUGAUGAUGAUGCUGCUGCUGGGGAGAGCGAGGGUCGAGGGGACGGAGGUGAUGGGGAGGGUGGAAAGGCAGCGAAAAGCAAGAAGAAGAAGUCUACGAAGAAGAAGAGUAAGAAGAGCAAGAAGAGUAAGACAAGCAAGUCUUCGAGGGCGGUGAGCGAUGAGAUGGUUGGGGGAGAGGGACUGGAGAAGGGAGAGCCUGCUAGCAGCAGCAGCAACGAAGGCAGCAGUAGCGAAGACAGUACCAGAGAUGCCGAUGCGGCAGAGAGAGGUGCAAGUGAAGCAGGCUCCACCAGAACGCCCCCUGGCGGUACAGGUGCCACUAGCUCAUCGCAAGCAGCAACGGGCUCAGAUGGUGGGGGGGGAGACGGGGCAGGUAGAGACAAGGAAGGGGAUGGAUUGAGUGGGAAGCAGGGGGGUAGGGAUGGAGGGAGUGAAGAGAGCACGAGUGAAGAGACAGAGAGGGUCGUGGAUUUGUCGGAAGAGCAUGUGCGGGGGUCCGUGCAGGGCGAAGCGGAGCGGAAGGAAGAAUCAGAAUCAACGAUGGGAGGUGGGGAGGCGGAGAAGAAAGAGAGGGGAGAAGGGGGAGAAAGCCAACGAGAGGAGUCUCUGGGCAAGGCAAAGUCAAAGACAAAGAUGAAUACCAAGACAAAGACGAAGACCAAAAGGAGGAAGAAGAAGAAAGCAGAGGAGACAGGAGAGGACAGUGGAGAGAAGGAGCAAGAGGAGAAUGGCAGAGGGAGCUCAGGGGGUGCGGACGUGCGAGGUGAGAACGUGUCCGGUUUGAAAGAGCAUCAGGAGGAAGGGGCAGUAGACGGUCAGUCGAGGGGUGAAAGCAGCAAGGCCAAUGAGAGGAUUGAAGGGCUUGGUAGUACUGAGGCAGAGGGGGGAGCAGGAGGAGGGGGACGAGGAGGAGGUUUGGUGCAGGCUGGUGGGAAGCAGGACGUGCAAGGUGGUGAGGCAGUAGGUGAGGCAGUGGGUGAGGCAGGGGGUGAGGCAGGGGGUGAGGCAGGGGGUGAGGCAGGGGGUGAGGCAGGGGGUGAGGCAGGGGGUGAGGCAGGGGGUGAGGCAGGGGGUGAGGCAGGGGGUGAGGCAGGGAGUGAGGAGAGUAGCCAUGGCAGGGGAGGGGGUGGGUCAAAGGAUGGCAGCACAUAUGGCAUGGAUGGGUCCAAGAAAACGAAGAGAACCAAGAGAAAGAAGAGCCGAAAGGCACUAGAGUCAUAGGAGCCUGAGUUGAUGAGUGGCUGGCUGGGCCUUGGACGCUAGUGUUUGGUCUGAUGUAGAGACUAACCGUAGGUGCUAUCCUAUCCUAUGCCUGCAUUUGUUAUGACUAGGGACAUCAGAGGGCAUGAGUUAAUGUAGGGAAAGAUUAAGAAGACUUUUGUUGCAUUGCAGGGUCUGGCUUCCAGUGUUCACUGAAGGCCUGCUGUUAGGGGAAAGUCUCAGAGUAGAAAAAAGUGAACUAGAAUAA